CCACAAAUCCCAGGAUCUUCCAGGUGGCAGCUGCCUCCUCCAGACAGGAUCUUCCACAAUGACCAAACUGAGUGCCCAGGUCAAAGGCUCUCUCAACAUCACUACUCCAGGGGUGCAGAUAUGGAGGAUCGAGGCCAUGCAGAUGGUGCCUGUGCCUUCCAGCACCUACGGGAGCUUCUUCGACGGCGACUGCUACGUAGUCCUGGCUAUUCAUAAGACGAGCAGCAACCUGACCUAUGACAUCCACUACUGGAUCGGCCAGGCCUCCUCCCAGGACGAGCAGGGGGCUGCCGCCAUCUACACCACGCAGAUGGACGACUUCCUGAAGGGCCGGGCUGUCCAGCACCGCGAGGUCCAGGGCCACGAAAGCGAUACCUUCAAAGGCUACUUCAAGCAGGGCCUUGUCAUCCGCAAAGGGGGCGUGGCUUCCGGCUUAAAGAACGUGGAGACCAACUCUUACAACGUGCAGCGGCUGUUCCACGUCAAGGGCAAGAGGAACGUGGUGGCUGGAGAGGUGGAGAUGUCCUGGAAGAGUUUCAACCGUGGAGAUGUUUUCCUCCUCGACCUUGGAAAGCUAAUCAUCCAGUGGAAUGGGCCAGAGAGUAACCGCAUGGAGAGGCUCAAGGGUAUGACUCUGGCCAAGGAGAUCCGAGACCAAGAGCGAGGUGGGCGUGCCUAUGUGGGUGUGGUGGAGGGGGAGAAUGAGAAGGCGUCCCCACAGCUGAUGGAGGUGAUGAACCACGUGCUGGGCCAGCGGAGGGAGCUGAAGGCAGCAGUGCCAGACACCGUGGUGGAGCCAGCCCUCAAGGCCGCCCUCAAGUUGUACCAUGUGUCUGACUCCGAUGGGAAGCUAGUGGUUAGAGAAGUCGCCACCCGGCCCCUCACACAGGACCUGCUCAGUCAUGAGGACUGUUACAUCCUAGACCAGGGGGGCCUGAAGAUCUACGUGUGGAAAGGGAAGAAGGCCAAUGCUCAGGAGAAAAAGGAAGCCAUGAACCAGGCACUGAACUUCAUCAAAGCCAAGCAGUACCCGGCGAGCACGCAGGUGGAGGUGCAGAACGAUGGGGCCGAGUCCGCCGUCUUCCAGCAGCUCUUCCAGAAGUGGACAGUGCCCAACCGGACGGCAGGCCUGGGAAAGACCCACACUGUGGGCUCCGUGGCCAAGGUGGAGCAGGUGAAAUUUGAUGCUGCAUCGAUGCAUACCAAGCCAGAGGUGGCUGCCCAACAGAAGAUGGUUGAUGAUGGAAGUGGGGAGGUGCAGAUAUGGCGCAUUGAGGACCUGGAGCUGGUGCCUGUAGACCCCAAGUGGGUUGGCCACUUCUACGGGGGCGACUGCUACCUACUGCUCUACACCUACCUCAUCGGCGAGAAGGAGCACUAUCUGCUCUACAUCUGGCAGGGCAGCCAGGCCAGCCAGGAUGAAAUUGCAGCCUCUGCAUAUCAAGCCGUCAUCUUAGACCAGAAGUACAAUGACGAGCCGGUGCAGAUCCGGGUUCCUAUGGGCAAGGAGCCGGCCCACCUCAUGUCCAUCUUCAAGGGACGCAUGGUGGUCUACAAGGGAGGCACCUCCCGGGCUAACAGCCAGGAGCCUGUACCCUCCACACAGCUCUUCCAAGUCCGGGGCACCAACGCCAACAACACCAAGGCCUUUGAAGUCCCAGCCCGUGCCACCUCCCUCAACUCCAACGACGUCUUCAUCCUCAAGACCCAGUCCUGCUGCUACCUGUGGUGUGGAAAGGGCUGUAGCGGAGACGAGCGAGAGAUGGCCAAGAUGGUGGCUGACAUCAUUUCCCGGACGGAGAAGCAAGUGGUGGUGGAAGGACAGGAGCCGGCCAACUUCUGGAUGGCCCUAGGUGGGAAGGCCCCAUACGCCAACAGCAAGAGGUUGCAGGAAGAAACCCUGGCCAUUGCCCCCCGGCUCUUUGAAUGUUCCAACCAGACUGGGCGCUUCCUGGCCACGGAAAUCCCUGACUUCAAUCAGGAUGACUUGGAAGAGGAUGAUGUGUUCCUGCUUGAUGUCUGGGACCAGGUCUUUUUCUGGAUCGGGAAGCAUGCCAAAGAAGAAGAGAAGAAGGCUGCAGCCGUCACAGUGCAGGAGUACCUCAAGACCCACCCUAGUGGCCGUGACCCCGAGACGCCUAUCAUAGUGGUGAAGCAGGGACAUGAGCCCCCCACCUUCACAGGCUGGUUCCUGGCCUGGGACCCCUUCAAGUGGAAUAAUGUCAAAUCCUAUGAGGACCUGAAGGGGGAACUUGGAAACCCUGGGAACUGGGGCCAGCUCACUUCUGAGAUUAUAAGCCCCAAAGUGGAUGUGUUCAAUGCCAACAGCAACCUGAAUUCUGGACCUCUCCCCAUCUUCCCCCUGGAGCAACUGGUGAACAAGUCCUUGGAGGAGCUCCCCGAGGGUGUGGACCCCAGCAGGAGGGAGGCGCACCUGUCCACGGAGGAUUUCACAAAGGCUUUGGGGAUGAGUCCGGCUGCCUUCUCUGCUCUGCCUCGGUGGAAGCAACAAAACCUCAAGAAAGAAAAAGGACUCUUUUGAGAAUAGCCCUUGUUAAAAAGCACUGCCUUGCCCUGCAUGCGGGGUUGUUUUUAUUCCUGGUAUCCUUAUGCCAAUUGAA